AGGGCGAACGCGAGAACGAGCAGGAGGAGAGGCAAAGACUAAAGGGAAAUAGAAUCGGCGCGAAAGAGCACGGUAGCGCCGAGACGGUGUUCCCUGGCCGAAGAUAUCUCGCGCGAUCGGGAUUGGGCGCAAACUCGCAUCAGAAGCCGGCUAUGGGAAAGCUGGCAACGACUGGUGGACGCGUGACCCGUGACAACGAGGAACGAGAGGCAUCGGUGUGGUCGGUCGAGCGAAGCGGCGCGGGCGCCAGUUCCGGCCGCGCUUUCGUCGCGGUUUACACGGACGAGAUCGUCGUCGUCGUCGUCGGCGGUGGUGGUGGUGGUGGUGGCACGAUCGUUCGAACGAUCGACACGCCCGAACAAAACGAUUCGAUUCGAUCCGACAGCGGCUCGGAGGACGAUGCUUCGACGAGGAGAACCGAGGCCGAGAUCGAGAAGGGUUACGCGAGCGCGUUAAGUCCGAUCUCGGAGAAACGAGAAAUUGAACGAACGGAGGAAACGGCGUGGGCUUUCUCCUUGGAAGAACGCGAAAGCGGUACGAAGGGAACGAUCGAUCGACGGAGCAUCGAGCGUCGAUGCCGAUACCGGCGUCGCGAAUUUCACCCUAUUCGUCGAAUAGGGCCGCGAGCGAACGCUGGCCUAUUCGUCCUGCUCGGAUUAGCAGCGAUCGGCGCGGCGCUUUGCGUGCCCGCUUCGGGCGUGCCGAUGCCGUCGUUGCCGUCGGGAGCGGAUCCGCUCGCUCGAACCGGUCUUCGGUACAACCUCGACCGCUCGACCGGUCUCGAGGACGUCUACGAGGACGCUUUCGAGAACGCUUUCCGAGAAGAGGAUCGAGCGACGACAAGAACCGUUCUCGACGACGCCGAGCUGGAUAUUAUCAGACGGAGCAUCGUGCGAGGUCUCGGCUUGAAGAGGAUACCCGACCCCUCCAAGGCAAACGUGAGCCAAGCCGAGUACGAGCGAGCGCACAGAGAGUACCUGAGAAAAGUACAGCUGCAGUCCGACGAACGAUCUUUCGACGGCAACAGGAGACUGCACGUAUUUCACGCUACAGCGUAUCCUGGAAACGAAUCGAGCCAGCUGUACGAGAGAAGCAGGAAAGACGAAGAACGUCACCGUCAUCGCCAUCGGCUAUUCUUCCCCGUGGAAAUUCCUGACGAGGAAUCGACGGUGGACCACGCGACGCUGCGACUCUUGCUGCACGGACCGAGCGACGAGGAUCCCCGCGGAUCGCCGAUAGACGCGUUGCUCUACCUGAAGACCUCUCGUUCGAGGAAGUUGCUCGUUCGCGAUAGAAUCGAACCGGAGAAUUGGCGAAACCCGAGGUGGCUCGAGUUCGAUUCGAGCGCGGCCGUUUCAUUUUGGCUCGCCGCCGGCACGCUCGAAAAUUUCGGUCUCGAGCUCGAGUUCGUUCGCGACGGUCGACCGAUCGAACGUACGUUUUCUUCGCCGGUUCUGAACGUGUUCACCGUUACCGCGGACUUUCGCGCCAGAGCGAAACGCUCUACUCCGGAACAGUUGAUGUCGUUGCAUCAGGGCCGUAGGUCAAAGUGCAAAGGCGAGAGUAAAAAGUGCUGCAGACACGAACUUACCGUCAUGUUCAAGGACCUUAAAGGCUUCGAAUUCAUCGUUUACCCGAAAACCUUCGACGCCGGAUACUGUAAAGGUCGAUGUCCGCCCAGAUACAAUCCGGCUCAUCAUCACGCCCUCCUACAGAGUUUGCUGUGGAAAGAGGACAGAAAGAAAGUACCCAAGCCUUGUUGCGCUCCGAGUAAACUCGACCAACUGAUGAUCGUUUACUUCGACGAGGACGAUUCCACUCAGCUUAAAGUGUCUUACUGGCAGAACAUUCAAGUUCUCGAGUGCGCUUGUUCUUAAACUUAAACUCGCCUUGCCGCGGGUGAGCACGUGCAACGCGCGACGAGUGAUCGUCCUCCUAGACGAUUACUUUUAUUUACCGCGAUGUCGCGUCGUUUGUCCGACUGUUUGCGCCGUGUUACGGACGUGGCCGAAAUCAACCACGGAUCGAUUAUUAACUCGCAUCUACUCCUACCGACGUUUCGUAUCGACUGUGAUAUAGAUACUAAGAUAUCUAACCUAACGACCUUCUUAACGUACUAAUUGUAUUUCGUAUUUGUCAGGUACUAUUCGCUCUUCCUCUCUCCUUCCUUUCUCCUUCUUUUCCCCUUUCCUUCUUAUACGUACGCGAUUUAUUUUUUUAUCUUUACUUUAAGCGAAAUGCGCCAUUAAUUGCCGCAACCUGGCAAUCUGCCGUUCUUAUUUAACGAACAAAUUAUCGGAAUAGGUAUAAAAAGAAGAGAAGAACGAACGUUUUCGUGAUCGCGCAGCGUCCAACAAUUUUACCGAACACUCCGCCGAUCGAACUUGGUUUACUUAAUCGUAAAAUUAGUCUGCGUAAUCCCUCUCUUUUAUUUAUUCCUGCUCGUAGCAUGGACACUACCGCGUAUGUAAGUAUAGAAUAUUCCAGUUGCAGAGUAUUGAACAGAGUGAACGAUACGGACGGAUCGUCGAUGAAGCGACGUAUUCCGGCAACGUUUUAUCCGUUGCGCGUGCUUCUGUUAGUUCCUAAUAGGAUUAUAGAAAGAAUCCUCCGACGUUUUAUUUUUUUUUUUUUUUCCAUUCUGCUACCAAGUAUCGAAUGUAUCUUUUAUCGGUAACCUCCUGAACGCCCGCGACAAAUAUGUAUGUACUCGCGACUUUUCCGUCUCUAGUUCACCGAUAAACGAUCGGAGCGAAACUCUUUGUCGAAAUUUUAACAUCUUUCCUCGCAUGUAUUCUCUCUGAUCGAGCUUCGAUAUCGCGUGAAAUAAAAAUUUAUUCGUUAUUUAUAACAAGUAUUUGUAUGAUUUUCUAUAAGACCAAAUAAUUCCCGAAUGAAAAUUC